GGAUAAACGAACGAUUCUGAUUGGUCAGCGUGAUCCAGUCACUCCAAUUUGACAGUAUUGGUCAGACGUAUUUACUCAAUAAUUCGAGCUUGGCCUACAAAGUACAAACAUUUGUGAUGUCUUGGACAAAUGAUGUCGUAUUGGAGUUCUUGGACCACUAUCGGACGGAACACCUUUUAUGGGACCCAAAACAUCCAUUGCACAGAAACAGGAGCGAGGUUAAUGAUGCAUGGCGUCGAAUACAAAAUAAUCUAAGUAUAACUUGUUCGAUAAUAGAUUUGAAGAAAAAAAAAGAAUCUUUAAUGACAUCGUUUAGACUACACUUAAAUAGAAAAAAGAAAUCACCUAGCGAAUAUCGUAUCACGUGGUUUGCAUAUCCUCUGAUGGAAAGUUUCUUGGGCGGGAAAUAUGAAUGUGAUAGUUCAACUCAAAUGGAUCACGAGUACGAAUCAAGUAGCAAUUACCAAAACCCGUCAUACAAUACGCGACAGCCAAUUACCAAUCAUAACCAAACGAGCAGUCCAACCAUCAAUACAAAUACCGAUAGACAUACUAACAAACGACAAAACAGACCAUCCGGCUCAAAAAUUCAAGUUAAUAACGAGUACAUGUACGCAAAAAAUGAAAUGGACGACGUAACAGAUUAUUUAAAAGGAGUUUCUGACUUCAAAAAAGACAUGGAUGAAUAUGAUUUAUAUGGACAAUUGCUUGCCAAAAAGUUAAGGAAGUUAGACGAGCGACAACGAGAUAUCGCCAUGCAUGAAAUAGAUAACAUAAUGUUUAAUGCUAAAAUGCAAAGUGCAACACAAACCAGAAGUUUCACAUCGUCCCCUCCGCCUGUUAAUGGGAAGAUAAAACCACCGAUGUUUAUAGUCCAGCAGCAGCAAUUUGAUGAUGAUAACAUCACGUAUCAAGAACAUGAACAAGCGUAAAUUAAAAAUUCUAGUAUAAGGCCAAAUCCUCAAAGUUUUGGUAAAAGAUUUUUGUUCCAAAUCAUAUUUUACUAGAACGAAUCGUUUCUUGAAAAUUGGUUGUUUUUUUUUCGAAUAUAUAUUAAAAAAAAAAAUGACUGGAUAACCUAAUCGAAAUAAAAUAGGUUAAUGA